CCGGUGCAGCCGCUUGUUAUAAAUAGGGGCCGGAAGACGUGGAUCCGCUCAUUAAAGAGAAACAAGUGUCUGUGAGCGUUUAACCGGUGUGCUUUUGGAUGUAAACCUAAAGAGAAAUGCAUUUCCUGUCCAUGUUUCCAGACUAGAGCCAAGUUUACAUGACCACUCACUGACAAAGAAAAAGUCAUCACUUUUCACGCUGCUGAGGAGAAGUCGUCAUGUCUCAUCGAGGACCUUUAGCUGCUGUCGUGACCACAGUUCUGGGCGUGACCUUAGGAGGGCUGAUCGCAUGGCGAGUGUACCGGACCAAAAGGAAGAGGCUGCCUUCCAUCCAGAAGGCGGCUGAACCUGUGGAAGCUCCGCAUCCUGUGGAAGAGGAGCGAAACGCUGAGGAACAUCAACCCACGACGCCAACGCAUCAUCCAGCAGAGGAGCUGAAGGCAGUGCAGAGUCAGAGCACCCAGCUGCCCUCCCCCAUCCUCAUCCCCUCCUCCGUGCAGCUGCUGGGGGUGGAACCGGUGAUGGUGAGCUCAGAGGAGGAAUGGCAGCAGCUGUGGCCGCUGAUGCAGAAGGAGCUGUCAGUCUUCCCUGUUCUGGGACUGGACUGUGAAUGGGUAAAGAGCAACGGCGUUUCUGUGAAGGGCAGAGCGUCGGCCGUCUCCCUCCUGCAGAUGGCGUCCUACUCCGGUCUGACCGUCCUGGUGAGGCUGCCGUCGUUUCGCAGCGGCCAGCAGCUCUUCCCUCUCAGUUUAAUGGAAGUCCUCCGUGACCCCCACGUCCUGAAAGUCGGCGUCGGGUGCUACGAAGACGGAAAACGCCUGACGCGGGACUACGGCCUGGCGCUGGCGUGUACGGUCGACCUGCGUUACCUGGCCUUAAGACAGAGGCAGGUUCCAGUCACUAACGGCCUCAGUCUGAAGUCCCUGGCGGCGGAUCUGUUGAACGUGUCUCUGGAUAAAUCCAUGGAGCUGCGAUGCAGUGACUGGGAGGCGGAUCAGCUGACGGUGGAGCAGAUGACGUACGCCGCAAGAGACGCCCAAGUCUCCAUCGCCCUCUUCCUCCGCCUCCUCGGCCUGGGCUCCGAAGCCGGUCCCGCCUCUUCCAGCGGACGCUCCUACGCGGAGUUGGCGUCGCGCUGCCAGGGCCUGGUGGACGUCCCCUUCAGGGGCCGAGGAGACGGAGGCGACAAGGCCGCCGACGGGGACAGGAGACGCAGGACGAGGAAACUGGCAACAUGUGAAAACCAAGAGUCUGGAGAUCAGCAAGUCCCAGACCCUCGAAAGAAUAACAAGAGGAAACCGCUGGGCGUCGGGUACUCCACAAGGAAGUCCCCUCUCUACGAUAACUGCUUCCUGUACGCCCCCGACGGCCAACCCCUGUGCACCUGUGACAAGAAGAAGGCCAAAUGGUACCUGGAUAAAGGAAUAGGAGUCCUUCAUAGUGAAGACCCGUUUGUGGUCCGGCUGCUGUUCGAGCCAUCGGGACGUCCAGACUCCCAGCAGGACUAUUACCUGACGGCCAAGGAGAACCUGUGUGUGGUCUGUGGGAAAGCAGACUCAUACAUCAGGAAAAACAUCGUUCCUCAUGAGUACCGCCGUCAUUUCCCCACUGAGAUGAAGGACCACAACUCCCACGACAUCCUGCUGCUCUGCUCCAGCUGCCACGCCGCCUCCAACGUCCACGACGGCUUCCUUAAGCAGCAGCUGGCCGACGAGUUCGCCGCCCCCCAGGGCUGCGAGGAGGGCGUGCGGCUGUUGGAGGACCCGGACCGGCGCCGGGUCCGGUCGGCGGCCCGGGCCCUGCUCACCGCCGGCGACGGGCUCCCCGAAGCCAGACGGCAGGAGCUGCAGGAGGCCAUCAAGAACUUCCUGAACCUGAACGAGGAGCAGGAGCUGACAAAGGAGGCGCUGCAGCAGGUCGCAGGGCUGGAGACCAGGAUCUUCAACGACGCCUACGUCCCCCAUGGUCUGAAGGUGGUCCAGGCUCACGCCAACCAGGGUCUCCGGGGCCUCAUGGAGCUGGAGCGCCGCUGGAGGCAGCACUUCCUGAACACGAUGCGGCCUCGCCACCUCCCCCCCCUCUGGUCCGUCGACCACAACCACAAGAAGUUCCUCCGCAGGUACAGCGAGGACGUCCACAUCGAACUGAAAUGAGUCCAAACAAAGAAGGACGGACCGGAACCAGAACCAAGGUGGCGGUCCAGAUCCCAGACCGGCGGAGGCUCGGGUCCAUCAGCUCAAACACAAACAGUGGGCGUCGACGUCCUGUGGAGACACAACCACGACGAGUGUGUGAGGGAACGCACUCACCUGGUCCGACUGAUGGACCCAGGACCAGAUCUGGACCUGAAACCAGCACUGACCCCGAAGAACCUGCCCCACUGGACCUCAUGUGAUCAUGUACAGACACUUUUUUAUGACACUAAACGUAUAAUUAUUUAUGAAAUGGUUAUAAUAUUGAACUGCUUUUUAGACGCCGCGACCUGCUCCUUCUUCCUGAACUGAAUGAAGCUCCGCCCCCUGCAGGUCUGUGGCUCAUAUCGUCAUGGUGACAUGAAAUGAUUUGCUUUGGAGAUGAGGUCGUUUCAUUUCGACCUCACAUCGCCGUUCUUUCUGCUCCUGUUUUAAGUCGAUACGUGACUGAUGUUUUUUCCCAGAAGCCCCUGACACCGACCUGUAACUGAGUCCGGUGCUGCGGCGCCGUUGGGCCAGAGCGCUUGUCCAGAACGCCGCCACCCAUCUCCUGUUUAUUUUUGCAGAGACGGACUAACGCUGGCCGCCUUCGUUCAUCCUCCCUCUUCUUUGUUUUGCCGUUGCGUCGCCGUUUCUCGCGGUGGGCGGGGCUCCCUCAUGGCUCAUGUUCUAAUGCGCCUCUUAAACCCCGACCCGACCAGAGACUCGACGACGCAGCCUCGCUUCAGCUCAAAGCUUUGAAUAUGACGUCGUUUUCCAGAAUCCAACCUGUACCGUGAUGACGAGGCGCCAGCGCUGAGCCGACUCUGACAGUAGGGCGGCGCUGUGUUCACAGAGCAGGUUAACGGAACUCCAACAGCUGCUGCUUUAUUCAUGUGAAUGUGUCGAACGGUUGUUUUCAAAUUGUGAUUUAAAAAAGAAAUAAAGUCAUAUUUGUAUUAUU